CAGACGUUUAUAUCGGUAGGCAGAGCAGUUAUGCUGGAUAAGCUAUGGUUAAUUAAUGUCUACCAAUAUCCAACCCCAACCCCUCCGCCGUCUCCUCCGCCGUCACCUCCCUCCGAAACUGUCGCCGCCGCUACCCUUAUCUCCACUUUUCUUUUCUACACAUCCCCUCUCUAUCUCCAAGCCCAGACCCCACCGCUACCACCAUCAUCUCUUCUCCUCCAGCAAACCGCUUCUGCUCUCCCUGUACCCUUCCAUCUCUGAUUCCCAAACUUCCGUCUUACCUGUGGAAGAUACAGCUCUCAAUGAACCCUCCACCUCCCUCUUCUCUCCCGCUCCCAUUGAUGGGUUGUUUUCUUUACUUCACCUCUCUGUUCAGUACCUGGACACUGAGCUUGCGAGAGCUGUGCAUGCUUGCUUUCUCAAGCUCCAGGUUGAAGAUACCCGCCUGGGUAACGCUCUCAUUUCUGCUUACCUCAAGCUUGGUCUUGUUCGUGAUGCUUACAGGGUUUUCUUGAGCCUUUCCUGUCCCAAUAUCGUGUCUUACACUGCAUUGAUUUCGGGUUUUGCUAAGUCUAAUCGAGAGGUUGAAGCCAUUAAUCUAUUCUUUAGAAUGAGGAGUGCAGGUAUUGAGCCUAACGAGUAUAGUUUUGUUGCUCUUUUAACUGCUUGUAUAAGGAUUUUGCAUCUGGAAUUAGGUCUGCAAGUUCAUAGCUUAGUGAUCAAAAUGGGUUUUGUAGAAAGUGUUUUCGUUGCAAAUGCACUAAUGGGUCUGUACAGUAAAUUUUGUGGGUAUUUGGACCAUGUCUUUAGCGUGUUUGAUGAAAUGCCUCAAAGAGAUAUUACAUCCUGGAAUACAGUUUUAUCAAGUGUAGUCAAGGAGUCUAUGCAUGCGGCAGCUUUUGAUUUGUUUCAGGAUAUGCAACGAAAUAUUGGGUUUAGGCUUGAUUGUUUUACUCUUUCCGCCCUUUUAACUGCAUGUGCCGGCACCAAUUCUUUCAUGAAAGGCCAAGAAGUUCAUGCACAUGCUAUUAGAAUCGGGUUAGAGGCCAAUUUGAGUGUGAACAAUGCACUUAUAGGGUUCUAUUCCGAAUGUGGCAAGGUGAAAGAUGUGGUGACGUUGUUUGAGAGGAUGCAGGUGAAAGACGUUAUUACUUGGACAGAGAUGGUUACAGCUUAUAUGGAGUUUGGCUUACUGGACAUGGCAGUGGAGAUAUUUGAGAAGAUGCCCGAGAAGAAUUGUGUUUCUUAUAAUGCUCUUUUGGCAGGGUUUUGUCGAAAUGGAGAAGGCUUGAAAUCAUUGGAGUUAUUUGUUAAUAUGGUGGAAAAUGGUUUAGAGUUAACGGACUUCACUUUGACCAGUGUUGUCCGUGCUUGCGGAUUGCUUAUGGAGAGCAGCAUAAGUGAGCAGAUCCAUGGAUUCUGUAUGAAGUUUGGUUUUGGAUCAAAUGCUCGAAUUGAAGCAGCAUUGCUGGACAUGUGUACAAAGUGUGGCAGGAUGUCAGAUGCCGAAAGGAUCUUUUGCAGGUGGCCAUCUGAUUGGAACAACUCGAUUAUCUGUACAUCAAUGGUAAGUGGAUAUGCUCGCAAUGGUUUACCAGAUGAUGCACUUUCUCUUUUCCAUCACUGUCAGGCAGAAGGGAACAUGAUUGUGGAUGAAGUUUCUGUGACUUCAAUACUUUCUGUCUGUGGAACUUUGGGGUUUCAUGAGAUGGGGGAGCAAAUUCAUUGCUAUGCUCUUAAAGCUGGACUUCUAUCUGAUGUAGGCGUUGGGAAUUCCGUGAUUAGCAUGUAUUCCAAGUGUUGCAACAUCGAUAAUGCAAUUAAGGCUUUCAAUAUUAUGCCCAAACAGGACAUUGUUUCAUGGAAUAGUUUAAUUGCUGGACAUCUAGUUCACAGGCAGGGUGAUGAGGCCUUGGUCAUCUGGUCAAGGAUGAAGGAAUUAGAAAUUAAGUCUGAUGCUGUAUCUUUUGCCUUAGUUAUUUCCGCAUAUAGACACACAGAGUCGAAUUUGGUUGCUAGCUGUCUUAAGCUGUUUCACUCAAUGAAAAAUAAUUAUGGAAUUGACCCUACUUUGGAGCAUUAUGCCUCUUUAGUGGGUGUUUUAGGGCACUGGGGUCUUCUUGAUGAAGCUGAAGAAAUUAUCAGGAAGAUGCCUUUUAAGCCUGAUGCUUCUGUUUUGAGAGCUUUGCUUGAUGGCUGUCGAAUUCACUUAAACAUAACCAUUGGAAAGAGGGUUGCGAAGCAUAUACUUGCUUUGGAGCCACAAGAUCCUUCUACAUAUAUACUUGUAUCAAACCUCUAUUCUGCAUCUGGAAGAUGGCACUAUUCUGAAGUUGUCAGACAGGUUAUGAGAGAAAAAGGGUUUCGGAAGCAUCCAGCUCGAAGUUGGAUAAUUCAUCGAAACAAGGUGCAUUCAUUUUACACUAGGGAUAAAUCCCAUCCACAGGAGAAAGACAUCUAUAGCGGAUUAGACAUACUAAUACUAGAAUGUCUAAAAGCUGGAUAUGUUCCAGACACAAGCUUUGUUCUGCAAGAAGUAGAGGAGCAUCAAAAGAAGAAUUUCUUGUUCUAUCACAGUGCAAAAUUAGCUGCAACCUAUGGUCUUCUGAUGACGAGUACAAGAGAACCAGUUCGGAUAAUGAAGAACAUCCUCAUUUGCGGAGACUGUCAUACAUUCUUGAAAUAUGUCUCGAUUGUCACCAGGAGAGAUAUCUUUGUGAGGGAUUCAUCAGGGUUUCAUCAUUUUGUAAAUGGUCAAUGCUCGUGUAAGGAUCACUGGUAAUCAGUCUGCCCCUGAUGACCAUGUGCUCUGCUGUGUUCUAUAUAUAUAUAUAUAUAUAUGUAAUGUGUUCUUUCUCACCUCAUUCCCAAGUCAAAA